GCUCGUCUAGUAUUCUCUUCCUCGCCUCGCCUCCCUCCCUCCCUCGUCUUCUCCCACUCCUCCCGCCACCACUCUAGAACCUUCUAGAACACGCACGCGUGCGUGCGAGGCGGAACCCUAGGCGAGCCGAAGACUCAGAGGAGGGGCAGUGAUGCGAGCCAGCUGACCCGCGGAGUGGCCGGGAUGGUGGCGGCGGCGGUGGGUGGUCCCCUUGGGGGCGUCGAGGAGGGCAUCGGGGAGAGCUCGUCCCCGCCGCGCGACGCCGCCCCAGCGCCCUCCACCUCGGGUGGCAGCGGUGGCUCCCGAGAAAUCUGCGGCCAGGUGCUCGAGCGCCUCCUCGCCGACGGCCACGAGGAGGCCUCCGAUCCCGGGUUCAGCGACAAGCUCGUCGCCCAUUUCGCGCGGCUUCCUCCCAGCUAUCAGCUGGACAUCAAUGUUGACAGAGCAGCAGAUGUCUUGGUCCAUCAGAAGGUCUUGGCAGAAGCAAAGGAUCCUGAUAGGCGCCCUGCGUUCCAAGUUCGUUUCUUGAGGAUUGAAAAUAUGGAUCCGACAUAUGACUCCGAUGCGUCUGAAGAAGAGGCUGGUGAUGGUGAUGAUCUCUCUAUAAGGCAGGACACACCAUACACUCGCAUUCAUGAGAUAGUUUUCUCCACAAUUGACAAGCCAAAGCUCCUUAGUCAGCUGUCUGCGUUGUUAUCUGACAUUGGACUGAACAUAAGAGAAGCACACAUUUUCUCAACCUCCGAUGGCUAUUCUCUUGAUGUUUUUGUUGUUGAUGGUUGGCCCAUUGAGGACACUGAUGGCUUGCACAAGGCACUGGAAGCAUCCAUUUUAAGAAAUGAGGGUUCAUGGUCUGGUUCGUCUCACUCGUCAGCUGCGGAAAGAACACUGCCAUUCCAAGUUAAAGGUGGUGAAUGGGAAAUCGACAAACGACUUCUGAAGAUGGGAGAGAUGAUUGCAUCUGGUUCUUGUGGGGACUUGUUUCGUGGGACUUACCUUGGUGAGGAUGUAGCUGUUAAAGUUCUAAGAGCUGAGCAUUUGAAUAAGAAUGUUUGGAACGAGUUUACGCAAGAAGUGUAUAUUCUAAGAGAAGUUCAACAUACAAAUGUUGUGAGAUUCAUUGGUGCUUGCACAAAACCACCACAAUUUUGCAUAAUUACAGAAUACAUGUCUGGAGGAAGCCUGUAUGACUAUGUGCACAAGCAACAUAAUGUCCUCAAGCUCACAACUCUCUUGAAAUUUGUCGUUGAUGUUUGCCGAGGGAUGUGCUACUUGCAUGAAAGGGGUAUCAUCCAUAGAGACUUAAAGACCGCCAACCUUCUAAUGGACAAAGAUCGUGUUGUUAAAGUGGCAGAUUUUGGUGUAGCUCGGUUCCAGGAUCAAGGAGGUAUCAUGACAGCUGAAACUGGAACAUACAGAUGGAUGGCACCUGAGGUUAUAAAUCAUCAACCCUAUGAUAACAAAGCAGAUGUGUUCAGUUUUGCUAUCGUGCUUUGGGAGCUCAUAACGUCUAAGAUCCCAUAUGAUACCAUGACCCCUCUCCAAGCGGCUGUAGGUGUGAGGCAGGGAUUGCGCCCAGGACUCCCAAAAAAGGCACAUCCAAAGCUAUUGGACUUGAUGCAGAGAUGUUGGGAGGCCGAUCCAUCUAACCGGCCUGCUUUCCCAGACAUAUUAUCCGAGCUAGAGGAUCUUCUGGCACAAGUUCAGGGAAUUUCGGGAAAGACAACCCAAGAACCAGAAGAUGACUCAGGCGUGAAAGGUUGACCCUCCUGCCACACCUGGCAUUUUUCCCAUUCAACGAUUGGGAUAUUUUGGAUUUGGGUCACUAAUUAUGAGGAAUGUAGCAUAUCGGGUUUUUUUCGUUUGUUUUUUUGCUUUUAUGUACAUUUAACAAUCAUCUUGGGGCCUACUUUUUUCGGUCUCGUUCUCAUUGUUCUUACAUAGAUGAAACUGGCUCAGCCUACCUGUUUAGUUUGCCUACCUGUGACUGAGAAUUUACCGCUUAUAAUGAGGGUGGGUGUUUUGAUA